AAUUUUUGCGGUGUAGCUCGGUCUGUAGCAGAAACAGACUGAGAUGCCGCGCAGUAUUUUUUGGAGCUUGACUUCGUUGUAGCUUCCACUGUAAUUAGCACGAUACUACAGCCACACUGUUCAAGAUCGGACUCCGAAAAACGUAUCUAUGACUAUGUAUGGCAUCAUAAAAUUCCCAUCACGAAGUAGCUGUACUAAGACUUCAACAUGACGGAUUUUUGUUUCGCGCUUAAAGGCGGUGGCAACGGCGUCGAGAAGCCGCUAUCUGCGCAGUACCUGAUCAGAGUGAUCGCGCACCUUUUGACCAUCGAAGGGGAAGAUGGAACACGAUCAAGGAGCGGCGUUGGUGAAAAUGGGAACAGGGUUGCUGCUCUGCCAGAAGAAAAUGCUUUGCCUUCAGGAGAUAAAGAAGUGGGCAUCGACAUGAGAAGCGUAAGGGUAGAAAAUAACAUUGAGGAUAAGAAGACGCGCAACUCUUCUCCAAGGGACGAUAACGAAGGAACAGGGACCACAACGCGGACGCGCAGAAUCGCCGUAAUGUGGGAUGGUGAUCCAUGGCGAUCGGAGUCAUUGGCGGCUCCUCCUGCCUGAUUUGUUCAGAAAACUGGCAGGAAAUGCAACAGCAGAAGAUGCUGCUCCAUUGUCUCUUACAACAACGAGCGUCAGCGUCAUUGCUAACCGACUACAUGGCGAGGGGAGAAAAUUCACGAAAGAAAAUUCGAAACCGUUUUUGUUUCAUGGAAAUUAUAGGAGAGU